AGUGGAGAAAGAUUGGCUGUCUCUUCGCAGACAUUGAUCGAGCAGAUGAUGAGUUCUGCAGAUGUGCUCAUCUCCAGGGCGUGGAUGCAGGUGACUUCGUACUCAGACUCGAAACUGCGGCUGACGGAUCUGUUAGCACUCUUUAAUGUCCUCGAAGAUCUGGUACGUGAGAAACUAUUGUCGGAUGAGUAUCGGGACUUCCUCAUUGAGUUUGUGAUGGAGUGUCCGCAGGUGGAAGUGAACCAGGAGCAAUUCAAGGCGUUGAUGGAGAGACUCUUUGAGUGCUCCAUGGAAGAUAUUUUGCGAGGGGGACUCACGAACAAGAGCAAGAGCCGCUUUGCAGCCGUUGAUGUACCACUGCACGGGGCUGAUUACGAGAACCGGGAGGACUUCACGCAGACGAUGAACAUGGAGAGCAGUAAGUUCAAUUCAUUCAUGCUGAAAGGCACGUUGCGGGAAAAAGAAGAUAUUCUCCGGGGGAGGAUCCGUGAGCUGGAGUCGAUGUUGACACGCUCAAAGACACACAACACGCGAGACAGUCGCACCGUCAACAAGAUGAGGGAUCUUCUUCUCGAAUACUACAAGAGCCUGGACAAGAUCACUGUUUCCAAGAGCGCAUCGAGUGUGCCGGAAACGGGGCCCAUGCAGGGGAUCGUGCAGCGCCUGAAGGACGGCAUCGACAAACAGAACGUGCUAAUAAACGAGUUGAAAAGAAAAGUUGGCGAUGAUCAGCCGAAGAGCGUUUUCGGUCAGGUCAGGUUCCGAAUAGUGCAGAUCUACAUGCUUGUCUGGAGGAUCGUGAGACUCCCGCUGUAUAUAGUUCUUCUGCUGCUGGUGUUGAACUUCCUGUUGUACGUGUUCUACGAUGACGGGUAUGCCGAGAACCCGGACGUGGCUCUUGCGGAGGAGUACUGGGAUAGCGCGGCGCAUGUAGGGUCUGUAAACUAUUAGAGAGAGAUAAAAGGGAGGUAUAUGUGAGGGCGUGUUGCGGGCGUGCUGCGGAGUCACAUUUCCCACGCAGGAGGGAGGUUUUCCACACACUCUUCGCAGAAUGUUUUGUGGCUGGACGCCAACUUGGGCGAGCCGUAUGUUUCUAUUUCCCUCUCGGUCGGGGUGUGUUCCCUGGGCGUGGCGAGCGGUAUGGAACCUGUUGAGGAGACGGCACCGGAUGCCGGAGGCGGCGCAGGCGACGACGCCGACGACGCCUUGGAGCCUGUGAGCAACGUGCCGCUGGACUUUUUGUCCGAGUGGCCCAAGCUGCGCUCGGGCGACACCACGUCCCGGAUGCACUGCUUCAACGCCUUUGCCUCGGGGA